GAAAUAUUGUGACUAAAAAAAUAUGGUUUCAGCAAAGAUACUUUUAUAUCUGAUCAUACGAGUAUCACAAAUUAUACUUACAGAAUCAGCGUGGCAGUCUCCAUAUUUCUUGGAGACAAAUACUGAUGGCGUCAGUUUUCAAACUGCAGUGGGUGUACAAAAGAUUAAUGUUAGAGAGGAGUUAAGUUGGCCAUUUCAAUUGCUUAAAAUUAAUUAUCAAGGCAGUGGUACACCAACUUUGGGAUCCUUUGAUAUUGGUGAUAACAGUCUCUUAGGUGCCAAAAUAACUGCAGAAAAUGACGACUGGAUUGUUACGAUCGAAAAACGACAAGACUUUGAAAAUUCUAAUCAACGCAUUUAUGCUUUUCAAAUUUAUAUAAAAGAUGAUGCUGAUGAGCUAAUGGAACAUGGCAUUCUCCUAACACUGGAAAAUAUAUUUGAUAAUAAGCCAUCAGUAACAUACAAUCCAUCUCCAUGUCGCGUAGAGGAACUGCAAACCAAUUUCAUAACGAAUUGCAUAUUUACAAUUUAUGAUGCGGACGGUAUGGACCGAAAUAUAUUACGUAUUCAGGUUAAUGGUCAAUAUAAUGAAGCUGAUAUAUUUGAUUUUGAAGAUUUCGGUGAGACGAGGACUUACGAGAAAGAAUACAAAUUAAGAAUAAAAAAACCACUGCAUUAUGAAGAACGUGCUGUCUAUAACUUGGAUGUAAGUGUCCAUGAUACCAGUAAUAAUACAGGUAAUAUAUUUGCAAUAUUGGAGGUGAUUGAUCUGCCAAAUCGAGAUCCAAUUUGGGUGCGACCACUUACAACCGCAACUUUUGAUGAGAAACAAGAACAGUUUUUCACACUUAAUGCUAUUGAUGGAGAUACGGGAAUAAAUAAGCCUAUUUGUUAUCGUUUAGAGUUUGAAGAGGACUAUUCUGAACUAAUGAGCAUUAACGAAACUACAGGGACCUGUGCAUAUAAAUGUGAUAAUUCCUCAUGGUUUAUAAAAAAUACAACUAUUUUAAUCGUUCAAGACAUAAACGAUCAUAUACCAGAAAUCAUUAUGGAACCAAAUCUCGUACAAAUUUUAGAGCAGAAGUACUUAACAUUACCAAUGGACAAAUUUAUUAUUGAAGAUAUUGAUUUGGGGAUAAAUGCUACGUAUAAAGCUUACUUAAUGACAACUAAUGGCAUAUCUUACUCAGAGGCUUUUUCUCUGGUACCCAAUUCAGGCUAUCAGCAAACUAAUUUUUCCUUAACAGUACUAAAAGCAGAUCAAUUAGAUUAUGAAACAGAGGAAUGGCGAAAUUUUGAUAUAAUGAUAUGUGCAGAAGAAGUCGAAAACUCAGCUCGCAGGUCAAACCGUACUUUAAGGAUUGAACUAAUAAAUUGGAACGAUGAAUGGCCUAUAUUCAUGUUCGACUCAUAUGAAGUAAAUAUAAUGGAAAAUGUUACAAAAGGGACAUUUCUGAAACAGAUUUAUGCAAGAGAUCGUGACUUUGGUGAUAGAGUUAAUCAUUCUAUUGUCGGCAAUAUGUCUGGUUUAGAAAUAAAUACACAGGCAGGUGUAAUAUUCACAAGUCAUGAUAAUGUAUUCGAUUAUGAAAGGCAAACUACUGUAUUGGUCCAAAUACAGGCAAAGGACACUUUGAUAACAGAACACUCAAAAACCCUACACACAGUAUUUGCACAACUAACCAUUAAUAUAAUUGAUGUUAAUGAUGAGACCCCUCAAUUAAGAAUGCCUCGAGCUAUAGUUAAUAUAACAGAGAACGCUGCACCUUCCACACUUUUAACCGAUAAAAUCGAGGUACGUGAUGCUGAUACUACAGCAAAUCUAACACUUGAAAUUCUAUGGAACGCUACCUAUGCUACAAAAAGUGGCCAAGAAGUACAAUCAGAGCUAUUUAUAAACUCUUUAUUGAUUGAAUCUGAAGCGGAGAGUAAAAAUGUUUUAAAUGGUCUACUCCGUGUGAAUCCUGCAUUUGAAGCUCAAGUGGACUAUGAGAAGUAUGACACUAUAUUUUUAACUAUUCGAGCAAGAGACCUUAAUCAAGAAAUAAAUGAGGACACUGUAAUUGCUGUAUUAACCAUACGUGUCGAUGAUGCGAAUGAUAAUCCACCAAAUUUUAGAUCUGGUACUUUAGAAGAACCGCGUAAAGUUACAGAAAUGGAGACAAUAUCAACUGUAAUUGGUUCAAUAGAGGCUUUCGAUAUAGAUGGACCAGGCAAUAAUAAUUUUACUUUUGACUUAAGAUCCAUUGGAAAUUUAACGGAAAACUAUCUUAUUAGUAUAAAUAAUGAAACCGGUGUCUUGCGUGUUAAUGGAAGUAUACAAUGUGAUGUUCCACGGAUUUUUCUUUUAGAAUAUGAAAUUAUUUUAAACGAUGGAGUGUAUACCACAAUAGGAAAGAUCAAUAUAAGCAUAAUCGAUAUUAACAAUCGUGUACCUGAAAAGGAUGCAUUUGAACAGCAGGUGAAGAUAUAUGAAAAUGCUACAACUGGAGAAAUUGUGGGACAAAUUAAGGCUUUUGAUCGUGACAGGGACUUUCCACACAAUGCAUUAGAAUUUUCAAUUAGUAGUGCCAUAUCUGAUAUUCAUAAUCUUUUUGAAAUCAAUGCUACCACCGGAAUUGUGAAAGUAAACUUGCGGAAUGGACUUCAUUUAGAUCGAGAUAAUGGCAUCACUUACCACUAUAUACCAAUUGAUGUAAAAGAUAAUUUCAAUUUCAAUAAUCGUGGUUAUGGACCUGUUAACCAGAUUUCAACAUUUUUGAAUAUUAGUUUAUUAGACGUGAAUGAUAAUGCACCUAUAAUGCCAGCAAAAUUUUUAUUUUCACCUGAAUUUUCCGAGUCCGAUACAAAGGAUACCCUUAGCAAAAUUCAGCUUAUAGCAGAAGACAAGGAUGAAUAUAAUACAAGCAAUUCAUGGUUAUCCUACAAGAUAUUGGAUAUAAGAUCAGUCGGUGACAAUGCCAAUAAUCUAAUUGGAUAUGAGGAUCUUUUCGGUAUUAUUGGCGACAACCGAACAUAUGGCCAACUUACAAGUCUCAAACCGCUUAAAGGAUUUUAUGGUAUCUGGCAAAUUGAAAUUGAAGCAUUUGAUCACGGUACACCCACGCUACGAAAUGCAUCUAAGUAUGAGAUACUUGUGCGGCCUUAUAAUUUUCAUGCUCCCACAAUUAUUUUCCCAGUUUUACAUAAGACUAUACGUUUAUGUCAUUCUUUACAAGAACCUAAUCGUCCACUAUUUCAAGCAGACUGUGUAAGUCGUUUACCCCAUUUUGAGGCAUUUGAUCCAGAUGGUGGAGAAUACGGUGAUAUAAACUUUCUACUCAGUAGCGAUGUGGGUCAUGAUAAAUAUUUUCAAUUGUCAAAAAACAGUCGCAAUCAAUCAAGCCUCUAUUUGCAAGAAUUAGUACCAGCUGGUAUCUACUAUCUGAACAUUCGAGCUACGGAUGGCGGCGGUAGUUCUUCUGAAGAUAUUCGCAAUUUAAAAAUUGUUUUUGUGGAUAUGUUAGGAAAUCCUAUGUUCUUGGAAAGAGAGUUUUAUACAAAUUUUACUGAGAAUGAUGAUGGUUUGACAGAGGAACGACUGAUCCCAGAAGCUUUUGACCCCAAAAACGAAGGUCUAAAUUUAGACGAGGAACCCUAUAAACUUUAUUAUUUUAUUGAUGAAACUUUCAUCCCGGAAAAUGCUGAGCUGUUUCAAUUGAAUAAGGAAACCCGUGUUUUGAAAUUAGUUCAAAUGUUAGAUCGUGAAGCUAUAGAAAUUUACAGACUUCGUAUAAAAGUGACCAACAAUGAAAAUGGACUUAUUUCAAAUCCGAAUAGUGUCAAUUACACAAUGGAUAUAAUAAUAAAUGUAAAUGAUGUUAAUGAUAAUCCUCCAAGAUUUGCACAAGGUUUCUAUGCUGCUGGAAUCACAACAAAGGAUAGUAUUAUCAAGGAUGUUUUGAAAGUUCAUGCAGAUGAUCGCGAUUUAAAUGACACCAUUUUCUAUCUAAUAGACCAAGCGACUUUCCAACUACAUGGCGAAAAUCUUCCCGCCAACAGUUCACAGUUUUUCAUUUUAAAUAUAGAAACUGGUGAAAUAUUGCUUAACUCCUAUGUAACAAAUAAUAUGAAAGGUUAUUUUAUGUUUGAUAUUGUCGCAAUGGACUCUGCCAUUCCACCACAUUAUGAUAUAGCAUCUGUGAAAAUUUACAUAGUCUCCGAAGCGAAUCGAGUUAAGUUCGUAUUUCUCAGUGAAAUACUAGCUAUUCGGGAAAAUGAACAAUUUAUUAAGGAAGAAUUCCAACAAAUAUAUGGAUAUGAGAUAUGCAAUAUUGACUCCGUAGAAGACACAACAAACCAGAAAGGCAUAACUAAACGACGUGAUGGUGCAUUUAUUACAGACGUGAUGAUGCAUUUUAUACACAAUAAUGAAGCUGUUGAUGCUGUGGAAAUACAAAAGCGUUCAACGGACUUAGCUUUCCUCUCAAAAAUUCAGAAUAUAUUGCAACGCCGUAAUCUUAUAUUGAAUGAUGUACCUCAUCUCACUGUCAAUGAUGUUACGCCAAUGGUGGAUGAUUGGUUGCUAACAGCACUUAUUUUGGCUAUAAUCAUAUUUGCUACAUUAAGUGCUGUAUUAGUUAUAGUGAUUAUUUAUAAAAUUCGCAGCUAUAAACGACAAUUGAAAGCUUUCGAACCACCUGAAUUUAGUUCCAUAGCCUCUAAUUUGAAUCGGAUUGGUGCACCAACAAGUAACAUUUUCUCUGUCGAAGGUUCAAAUCCUGUUAUAAAUAAACAAAAUAACAAUUAUCCCAAGUUUGGAGUUUACGAAGAAAGUGCUAGCAGCGACUCUGAAGAUGGUGAGGAUGAGUUUAUUGGUUUACAAGACGAUCCCACAUUUGAAAUGAAUAACAUGAAAAACUUGGAGCAUGAAAAACCGCAAACUUUUGAACAUAAAAUAUUAAACAAUGAAUUUUUCAACAUUGAACCGACUAAAGGACACAGUUGUGAAGAAGAAAAAAAUUUACGUUAUUAAUAUAUAUAAAAAUAUAUCUUUAUUAACAA